UUGAGUAUUGUGUGCGAUAAACGAUGAAAUCGAUUUUAAUUACCGGCUGUAACCGCGGACUGGGCUUGGGAAUGGUUAAACAACUAUUAAAAAGCACGACGCCUCCGGAAAAACUGAUCACAACUUGUCGUAGUAUAGAAAAGGCGAGGGAACUGCAGGACUUAGCAAGAGAGAACACAAAUAUUCACAUUUUGGAAUUAGAUGUAAAACAGACAGAUACCUUUGACGCAUUUGCAAAACAAGUCGAAACUAUAGUGGGACCGAAUGGCUUAAACGUCUUAUUCAACAACGCAGGGUAUUCACCUAAAUUUACCAGAAUUGGGUUGGUGAAGAUGGAUCAGCUAGUUGAUAGCUUCGCGAUUAACACUAUUGGACCAAUUAUGUUAACUAAGGCUUUGCUAACCCUUCUGAAAAAAGCAGCUGAAGCAAACUCAGCUGAGCCGAUGGGAAGCAACAAAGCUGCCGUUGUAAAUAUGUCCUCGAUAUUGGGUUCCAUAGCCCAAAAUACUGAUGGUGGAUUUUAUCCUUACAGAUGUUCAAAGGCUUCUUUAAAUAUGGCUACUAAAUCAAUGAGCAUAGACUUUAAGAACGAUGGUAUUCUGGCCACUUGUGUGCAUCCUGGAUGGGUGCAAACUGACAUGGGUGGUGCUAAUGCACCCAUGUCCAUUGAGGAAAGCUGUGGCCAUUUGGUGAAAUUCAUUGACAAUUUAAGUGAGGAACAUAAUGGCGGAUAUUUUCAAUAUGAUGGGAAAGCUCUUCCUUGGUAACACGUUGGAGAUACAGUAUUUGUACUAGUUUUUAAGUUUCAAGUUUUAAAUAUAAACUUUGUUAUACACUUAUA